UGUCAACAGAAAUUGAGUUUGGAAGUGUGGUGGCAAGCGUGCAGUUGAGAACAACGAGGUCAAUAAGGUUCUGGACAUAUGGCUGGACCUCUGCUGGACUGUGGAGAGAGCCAGGGGGCAUGGGCUGAGCAUGAAGUGAAGGCCCUCAUCUCCUCAACUUCCUGGCUAAAGACUCAUGGACUCAAGGGGAGCCGACUCUCUUUUCCCCAGAUCCUCAGCCAGAUUGGCUUCAGGCACAAAGAAGAUUAUGUUCCCUCUCUACGGAAAUCGGUCUCAUCGCAGUAUGCUGGGGGCCUCUUUCCACAGUUUGUGAAGGAUGGAGCUGUUUAUAAUCUCACAGCCAGUGUCCAGCAGCUCGAGGAGCUGUGCACAAGGCUGGACCUGAGGGCAGAGUUGUACCGCCACCGGCUGGCCUGGCUCACCAGUGGCAGCCGCCAGCUCUUUGGGGUCAUCCAGGAGCGCAGCAUUAGCCUGGUGAUAGACCUUGGAGGUACCCCGUGGGCCCAGUUCUAUCUGGGCCAGGACUCGGUGUGCAGGGUCAUCAGGGAGCAGGUGUCCCGGAUCACCUGGUUCAACCUUGUAUGUUGCGCUCCUAGUGCCCAGGCAUGGCAGGAGGCUGUUGUGUGCACCAGUCCCAGCCACAUCGAGGAUGCCGUGCAGUGGGUGAGGGCGCUGCAGCCCGGGCCGUCGUCGCCAGCCCUCAUUGCUGACGCGUUGUCAAGAGCCACGCAGGAUCCGGUGGUUCAGGCUGUUUACCUGUUUGCUAUGGGGGAUUCUGGAGGGAGAGCGUCAGAUCUGCUGAGAGCGGUGAAGGAUGGCCGGCCAAUCCACUGCGUGUCUUUCAAUGCGAAGAGAAAGGAAACAAUUCAAGAGUUAAAGGAAUUAUCUCAGCUCACUGCCGGGAGAUUUCAUGCCUUUGUGGAGAUACCGCCGAUUGAAGAUAUUUCACGAGGUAAUCAUGGGAGUGAGGGCCCUCCUGAAGGGUCACUCAGGCCCAUAGGAGGCAUGCCCCCAGGGGCAGGGGUUAGAGAAGAUGUUUUCCUAGUGUGGAGGGAGAUGGAGGAAGUCCAGGUCACCCGGGCUCAAAUCGAGGACAUGCUACUGACGAUUCAGUCCCCAUCACCACGUCAAGGUCCAGCAACCUCCAUGUGUGAAGACUUCAUCAGCUCCAGAGACUGGCUAUCCCGCCAUGGACUGAAGGCCCAAAGACUUCUGCUGUAUGACGCACUGGUGGACUGCGCGUUCCGUCACUCGGAUGGAGUCGUGGAUGUGAAAGCCAAACCCGAGUGUGGGAGCACAAUGGCUGAUGCUGAAUCACGGUGCAAGCUGGUCAACGCAAAGUACUGCGACAGGUUCGCACACAUGACUUGGAAGGAUGGCUCGGUGGUCCACGUGUACGUCACAGCUAAGAAGUGCCGGUGGUACGAGGACAUGAUGAAGCAAGCCCUCGCCACACUGCAGAGGAGGUUGGAGUGGCUGCAGAUGGGCAGUAGAGAACUGUUUGGGACGGUCCUGGAAGAAAAGGUCUACUUCCUGAUCAACACUUCAGAGUCCAUGAAGGACCGGCUUUCUCUUGUGAAAAGCAAGAUUCAUGAGCUCAUACAGGAACAGCUUUGCCACAAAGCCAAGGUGAAUUUUGUGACUCUCAGCUCUUGCGUAGCAUCCUGGAGAAGGAAGGUGGAGGAUGUCACAGAAGAGAGUCUGGACAGUGCCUGGAACUGGAUCCAGGGUUUAGAGGGGGGUGGCUCAACCCACAUGCUCGAAGCUCUGCGGCUGGCACUGGCAGACACUGACACGCAGGCCGUUUACCUCCUGACCGACAGCCUUCCAGACCAGCCGGCCGAGAGUGUGCUAGCUCAUGUCCAGCGUGAUCCUCUGAUCCCCGUCCACACCAUCUCCUUCUACUGCAGUGACCCUGCGGCAGAGCGCUUUUUACAUGAGCUGUCCGAGACAACAGGGGGGCGGUACAAUAGCUACCUGCCUCGCACCCAGGAUGCUGGACAGCAGUUGCCCUAUGUGAGUGAAGAUGUUCACCUUUUGAAGGAAGAGAUUGAACAGGGAAAGUCGGAUAUGGAGAAGGUGUUUAAACUGAGAGCACAGUGUGUCGUUCUGGACUGGUACCACAGCAAGGACAGUAAAACAGCAGAAAAGAGUUGCCUGGGACGACCCCACAGCGCCCCCCAGCUAGAAGGCAGCGCUCGACAUGCGGUGGGGAACCAGGACGGCAAUCGAAAGCUUUUGAGGAAAACAACUCGCCAGUCGACUCAGGCAACCUGCGACCCGGCAUGCACUCCAGCCGGUCUGCGAGAUUUGCUGAGCCGGGGGGGUGAACAAGCGCUCCGGGACUGGAUGGUACCGGAGACACUAUCCCUCUUCCAGGCCAACAUCGAGAAGCAGAACCAGGUUCUCCACAGUCUUGGUUCAGCUGCAGGGGAAGUGGAGCAGAAGAAAGAACGCAGGCGAAGGCCUCAGCUAUGUCUAGAUGAGCCCACUGCCCACUGGUUACGAACCAACAGCUUGGUUGCCAGGAGACUGACCAUGAUGGACAUCUUGGCCCCUGUGGGCAUACCACAGAAAGCCAAAUACGUCCCCAUUCUGGACAAAAGAAUCUAUUCUAAAGUGUUUGACGAGCAGGUGCAUCCCUUUAACAGCACCAUCAGGGGCUGUCAACAGCUCACCCUCAUCAACCCUCUAGCUGUGGACUUGGAGGGCUACAAGACCAAGCUGAAGGAGGUCCUGAAGAUGUAUGAAAGGCGCCUAGAUUUGAUGGUAUGGAGAGCAUUGACUCCGGAGGAGAAAGAUAAGCUUGCCAGCGACAAGCCCCUGGUUUUCAGGGAGAACCGGGAAGCUCUGCUGCAGGCCCUGGAGCGCUUGGGUUGGCCUUUGACCCAGGAGGAUGUGGACCUGCUGGAGGACCAGGUCCGUUUGGGCCUCUCCUUUCUACAACAGGCCUCGGACCUGCAGCAGGCCAUCAGACAGAAGAUCCAGGAGCCUCGCCCUGGAAAGGGAGCAGAUGACACCCUGCCUGCAGCCCCCAAGGAAACCGCGGUGCAGGUGCUGGACACUCUUAGGGGCCAGAGGGUCAUCGCGAGGUCAGAAAAGGAUGGGUUUUACUAUACGGGCACCGUGAAAAGACGCGUUAAGGGGAAGCGGGUGAUGAUUGACUUCAUCAGUGGCGAUUGCCAGAUCAUUCCCUUGAGGUUCCUCAUCACUGUGGGAGGAGCAGGACCUUGUCCUCCGCUUGUGAUAGGAGACUCCGUAUUUGUUGGUGCAGAGAAGCAGGGUGCAGGAAAUUGCUUUGUCCCUGGGGUUGUUAUAGCAACGCCUCGCAGACUGGAGCCUAUUGACAAGCUGUACACAGUUUACAAGUUUGAUGGCAAAACGGUGCAUGCAAUGCGAAACAAAAUCAUUAAAGUCAGUCAGAAGAGGUACAUGGUCACCUGUUGCUGCAUUAGAGAGCAGCAUCAAAAGGAGCAAGCGAGAACACCAGAAGUUGACCUGGGUCCCCAGCACAGCUAUGGAACAACUGAGAGAUUGGAACCACAUGAAGUGAGGGAAACCCAGGCCAACAGGGCACGGGGGAGGAUAAGAAGAAGACAGCAAAAGAGUUUCACAAACCAGGCCAGAGAUGCAGCCGUACUUGGUGGCCGGGGACACGCUGCAGAGAUAGACAAUGUUGGAGAAGAGCCCCUGAGAAUGAACACACCAUCCCCUCCAAGCAGCAGGCCAGCUACUCUGCUGCUGCAACCAAAGUCCCAAGUAAUAACCGCCACGCCCACACCUCCGAGCCGCCAGUCAUGA